GAGAAGAAGAAGAAGACAUGACUUCCUCUCUCUGCGUUUUAUUCUGAAAAUACUGACCGGAAGUUACGUUCGCUUCUUUGCGUCAGUUAGCUAGAAGCUAGUGUUCAUAAGCCUGUCUUCCUCAAAAUUUGGUGUGGGAGAAGAAACAUCCAGAGUUCAAACUGAAUGGCUGAGGGCUCCUCAGACCCACCGGACCUCAAUCCAGAGGAGGCGUCACAUAAAAAACCCCAUCUGCACAAACCCAGAAGAGGCCGACCCAGACACAACAAUGACAGGAACCUGAGUGGUCACAGUUAUGAUCCCACUCAGCAGUAUGGACACUUUCAUGAGAGCCAGUUUAGCCAUGAUUAUUCAAACUAUGGAUUUCAUCAGCAGCCCCCGUACCAAGGGGAAGAUGGGCCUAGAAGGGGAGGCAGAGGCAGAGGGAGAAGAGAAGGGAAUAGAGGUGUAAAUGGUAAUUAUGGUGGCUCCAGCUCCUAUAGGCAAAGACCUGGAGGUGACUUUGGCCCCUACAGAGGAGCUGGGGGCGGUCGCUCAGGGGGGCAUCCCAUGGAUGGACCUGAUGGCUCCAGCUGGCGCAGAGAAGAUGCAGGUAGGAAUGUAGAACAAACCUAUGAAGAUCAGGCUAAAAGGCCGAGGAAGUUCAACCAGGAACCACGGAGAGGACAGCAAAAUGAGAAGGGUCCUCAUUUAAGGGAAAGCAAUAAUGUAGCAGGAGGUCCGAGGCCAAAUGACACCAGCGUAGACAACCCACCAUCAAACACCAGGGAAAGAACUCAGAGGAGCAGCAGGACCGGUCCAGCCUCUCAGCAUGAUGAACAUCAGAGGCAGCCAGAGGUGAAGAAACGGCAAGGACCGAUCAAACCUCUAAAACCACUAAUGCAGGAGGACACAGGCGCUGAGAGGAGGGGCAGUGGUCAGGAAGAUUUAGGUCAUGGUAGGUCGUCUGUGGAUCUAAAGUCUGGGCGAGGCUCAGGCCGACACAUGUACCCUCAAGCCAGAGGGGGGAGAAGACCACAGCAUCAAAACCAACGGCCAGUUCAGAGGAACCGGGACAGGAUACCAGAGAGCAAGGAGACACAGACAGGGUGUCUCAUUGAACAGCUGUCUGAGGAGAAGUACGAGUGCAUGGUUUGCUGUGACAUCAUACGGCUCAUGGCCCCGGUGUGGAGCUGCCAGAGCUGCUAUCACGUCUUCCACCUGAACUGCAUCAAGAAAUGGGCUCGAUCCCCGGCCUCUCAGGCAGAUGAUUCAGCUGAAGGUUGGCGUUGUCCGGCCUGCCAAAAUGUUGCUCAGAAAUCACCAACCUCCUACACCUGCUUCUGUGGUAAAGUGACAAACCCAGAGUGGCAGCGCAGUGAGAUCCCUCACAGCUGUGGUGACAUGUGUGGGAAGAAACGGAGCGGCUUUGACUGCAACCACCCAUGUAACAUUUUAUGCCACCCAGGACCGUGUCCACAGUGUCCUGCCUUUGUAACAAAAUCCUGCAUCUGUGGGAGGACCAGUCAGCCCAUGCGUUGUGGUCAGGGUACAGUGCUGCAGUGUGACAAGGUGUGUGGUGCCUUAAUAAACUGCGCUGAACACUCGUGCGCCGAGGUGUGUCACAGUGGAGCGUGUCCACCCUGCCAGCUGCAGGUUCAGCAGGUGUGCUACUGCGGCGUUACACCUCGAGACGUCGCAUGUGGCACAGAUAAGGAAGGAUUUGAUGGUUCGGGUCAUUUUUCCUGUCAGAAAAUAUGUGGAAAGAUGCUGAACUGUGAAGCUCACCAGUGCCAGCAGCUGUGCCACCGCGGCCCAUGCCAGCCGUGUCCUCGAUCCCCGAGCCUGGUGAAGUCAUGUCCCUGUGGUCAGACACCACUGGCCAAACUGCUGGACCUGGGCUAUGCUGAGCGACGGAGCUGCUCUGAUGCCAUCCCCUCCUGUGGGAAGACAUGCAACAAACCUCUCCCCUGUGGUUCCAGCGACACUGUCCAUCUGUGUGAGAAGCUGUGCCACGAGGGCAGCUGUGGUCCAUGCUCCCUGACCUCAACUGUCAGAUGCAGAUGUGGAUCAAAGAUGAAGGAGGUCCCGUGUGAAACAAUCCAAAAGGAGGAGGAGCUUGUGUUCACCUGUGAGAGGCGCUGCAACAAGAAACGCUCCUGUGGCCGACACAAAUGUGGCGAGCUCUGCUGUGUGAGUGUGGAGCACAAGUGUCUUCUGAUCUGCGGCUACAAGCUCAACUGUGGUCUCCACCGCUGCCAGGAUCCCUGUCACCGUGGAAACUGUGAGCCCUGCUGGCAGUCCAGUUUUGACGAGCUGACGUGUCAUUGUGGACUCACCGUCUUGUACCCACCCAUCCCCUGUGGCACGAAGCCACCAGAGUGCAAAAGCAUGUGUACAAGAAGACACGAGUGUGACCAUCAAGUGUUUCACAACUGCCACAGUGAGGAGAAGUGUCCACCGUGUACGUACCUCACUCAGAAAUGGUGCAUGGGAAAUCACGAGCAACGCAGCAACAUCCCGUGUCACCUGCAGGACAUCUCCUGUGGCCUGACAUGUAACAAAACGCUGCCUUGUGAAAUGCACCGCUGCAGACGGAUCUGCCACCGCAGCGACUGUUUGCCAGACGGUAACUGCCAGCAGCCCUGUGUGCUGCCUCGUCCAGACUGCUGCCACCCGUGCGCCGCUCCAUGUCAUAAAGGAGACAGCUGCCCUCGCACCACUUGCACUGCCAAGGUGGCUGUGCAGUGUGAUUGUGGUCGAAGAAAGGAAAUGGUGGUCUGCACAGACGCAGCCAGCUCAUAUCAAAGGUAUGCAGCUAUCGCCAUGGCCAGCAAGCUGUCUGAUAUGCAGCUGGGUGACUCCAUGGACAUCGGACCUCUGCUCACCAAGAAGGAGCUGAAACAGACCAGGCUUGAAUGUGAUGAAGAGUGUGCCACCCUGGAGAGAAACAGGCGUUUAGCGGAGGCGUUGCAGAUCGACACAUCUUCUGACCCCUUCCAUAUCCGCUCUACCUCUAUAUACAGCGACAGCCUCAAAGAGGACGCCAGAAAAGACCUGAAAUUUAUAAGCGAGGUAGAGGAGGAGCUCAAGAAUCUUAUCGAGCUGGUAAAUAAGGGAAAACAGCCAAAGAGGAGCCACUGCUUCAGACCCAUGAACAGAGACCACCGCAAAGUCAUCCACGAGCUGGCCGAGGUCUACAGCGUGGAGAGCGUGAGCUACGACAGCGAGCCCAAACGCAAUGUAGUCAUCACUGCCCAAAAGGGAAAGGCAGUCUGUCCAAACUUCACCCUGACAUCACUGAUAGAGCGAGAGACGGCUGCGAGGGCCCCUCCUCCCAUCGCUCAUAUCAAACAGCACAGCAGCAGGCCUGCCAGUGGAAGCAGCUGGUCGAAGGUUGUCAAAGAAGAACCUGUGAUAGAUUAUUUUGAUGUCCAGGACUAAAAUCCGGCUAAAAUAUCAGAGCAGACCUCAGGAUCCUUUCACAUUUGCCAAAAUUUCCAAAUAACCUUUUUCAUUUGUUUUCAUCAAAGAUAAAUAAUAAUCCAUCUAGCUUCAUAAUCAAAUGAAACUAUGUCUAGAUAAAUCUCUAUGAUGUGAUUGCCUCCAGGGAACGCCCACACUUGGUUUAUUCAAGAGCGGGACAAAUUGAACAAGUCAAGAGUCAAGUGUUCCCUUUGAAUUGAGAAAUAAAAGUCUGGCACAGAUUCUGAAGAUCAUUUUGAAAAAGCACUUGAUUGUUUUCUUUGCCUCCUUUGUAUGUAGCCAGACCCCGGUUGAACCCACCCUAAUAAAAAGUCAAUUUGUUCUUA